CUUCUGAAAACUUAGAUGUCCUUUCAUUUUUCUCAAGCCUUGGCCGGUGUUGAAGCCACCCAGGUGGCUCAGGAUGCAGUGCAGGGUCUGGAGGCCAGGUUGGCUGCGUUAAAAGAAGGGAUCGUAGACAUGCAUACAGCAGAAGGGGCAGUGGAGCGAGCCCAGGGCCUGUGUUUGGAAAUUGAACAAACACAACAAGCAACCGAUCCGGCUGAACUACAGAAAUGGAGCCAGCUCUCAUCAAGGGCUCGUGAGGAGCAUGGCAUGCUGCAGUGCAUUCUGGGAAGCAUGAAGGACAACCAGGUACGUUUAGAGCAAGUGGAGCGUUGGCUGGAUGCCGUGCAGGAGCUGUUGUCUAAGGACGCCUCCGGCCUGGGUGAUGCAGAGAAUCUGCAGGCAGAACUUAAUCAGUGCAAGGAGUAUGUGAGUGAGAUGGAGCAGAUGAAACGUUCACUAAUGCAGAUGGAAGAAAAUGUAAAGUCUGUGCAGGCAUCAGCAGUCCCAGGACUGGCCCUGUGGGGGCAGGAUAAGUUGGACCAGUGUGAAGGAAGAUGGACCAAACUUAGUCAAGAGCUCUUGAGACAUCAAGAAAAUGUGACUGAGAACCAAGAGAAGCAGAUGAAUCUGAAGAAAGACCUGGCAGAGAUGCAGGAAUGGAUGACCCAGGUCGACGAAGAGUUUCUAAUGAGAGACUUUGAGUAUAAAAGUCCUGAGGACCUGGAGACAUCGCUGGAGGAGAUGAAGAGGGCUAAAGAGGAUGUGCUACAGAAAGAAGUGAAAGUGAAGAUCCUGAAGGACAACAUCAACAUGUUGGUGUCCCAGACUGCCGGAGGUUCUGGACAGGAGCUCACCUCGGAGUUGGAUGGAGUUCUUGCCAACUACCAAAAGCUGUGUGACCGCCUCAAGAGCAAGUGUCACACACUGGAGGAGGUUUGGUCGUGUUGGAUGGAGCUUCUUCAGUACCUGGAGAUGGAGCAGAGCUGGCUCAACACUGUAGAGGAGAAACUGCAAGCUUCUGAGAACGUACUAGAGAGUACAGAGAUUGUUAACGAGGCUCUGGAGUCUUUGGAGGGCGUCCUUCGCCACCCCGGGGACAACCGGACGCAGAUCAGAGAGCUGGGUCAGACGUUGAUAGACGGAGGCAUACUUGAUGAACUCAUCAGUGAAAAACUCGAGGCCUUCAAUUCCCGCUACGAGCAGCUCAGCCAUCAGGCGGUGAACCGGCAGAUCGGCCUCGAGCAGCAGCUGCAGACACUAAAGGAGAACGAGGAGGUGCUCCAAGCGCUGCAGGAGUCCCUGAACCAGCUGGACCACACACUAACCUCUUACCUCACUGAUCGCAUAGACGCGUUCCAGCUCCCCCUGGAGGCACAGACCAUCGGUGCAGAGAUCGCUGCUCAUGAGGUCACAGUAGAGGAGAUGAAAAGAAGGAAUGUGACCAACUUGCCUCCUCCCACCGCUAAAGGCAAAGUGGCCCGUGGUGGGACCAUGCUGGAACAGCUACAGAGGAAGCUGAGGGAGAUCUCCACAAAGUAUCAGCUGUUCCAGAAGCCUGCCAACUUUGAGCAGCGCAUGCUGGACUGUAAACGGGUUCUGGAUGGUGCUAAGGCUGAGCUACAUGUUUUGGAGGUUAAAGAUGUGGAACCUGAGAUAAUCCAGUCCCACCUUAGUGGCUGCAUGAAAAUGUAUAAGUUGCUGAGUGAGGCGAAGCUGGAGGUGGAGACGGUGAUAAAAACAGGUCGCCAGAUUGUGCAAAAACAGCAGACUGAGAAUCCCAAAGCCAUGGAUGAACAGCUUACAGCUCUGAAACUUCUCUAUAAUGAACUGGGGGCUCAGGUAACUGAGGGCAAACAGGACCUGGAGAAAGCUCUGUCUCUGUCUCAGAGGUUCCAUAAAGAGACUGCUGCCCUGCAGGAAUGGCUGAGCACUAAUGAAGCUCAGCUCCAGCAGAAGAACAGCUGUGGAGACAUGCCAGCUGACAUCGAGGCUGAGAUUAGAUGGGCUAAUGGUCUGCUGAAGGAAUCAGAACGUCGAAAGGUGGAGCUUUCCAACCUGACGGAGGUCAGUGCGGGUCUGCAGACGCUGGUGGAGGGCAGCGAGGCUCAGCUGGAGGGCAAACUCUGCAGCCUUAACGAAUCCUGGGGGAAAGUUCACACCUGGACUGAAGAUUGGCUGAGCGCUGUUCUGAGUCACCAGAGUGAGGUGGAGAUAUUUGAUGAGAACUUGGCUCACAUCAGUACCUGGCUCUACCAGACCCAGAUCCACCUGGAUGAAGCCGAGCGGCUGCCUCCUGCUGAGAGGGAAAAAGAGUUCACGAGGAUGAUGGAGGAGUUGGAUAUGAUUGGUCGGCGCGUGGACAACGUCAGGGACCAAGCAAUCAUCCUGAUGACCAGCAGGGGCCCCGCCUGUCGAGAUGUAGUUGAGCCCAAGUUGGCAGAGCUGUACUGCAACUUUGACAAAGUUUCCCAGCACAUAAAGUCUGCCCAGGUCACUAACAGUCUGGAGAGCCAGGCUGAAAUAAGGCCUGAGCCUCCUGAGAUAAAGGACCUUCAGGUAGAGCUGGAGAACACGCUGAAGACUCUCCAUCAGCAGCAGCUCCCAGUAAACAUCCUCGAUGAUGACGAGAUGGAUGAGGAGAAGGCCAACGUUGAGGGUUUGCUGCAAAGAGGAGAAGAGCUGCUGCAGCAAACUUCAGACGAAACUCAGAGGGAGGAGCUGAGAGUCAUGCUGCUCAGGUUGCAGAGCCAAUAUUCUUCCUACAGGGGCAGAGUUAGGGAAGUCACAAUGUCUCAGAGCUCAUCAUCAGAGUCUGAGUUUGUUGAGCAGGGCCCGGCUGCAACAGGGCGCAGCAGCACACAGAUUCUCUCUCCUUCUGAUUACCUGUUGGAGAUCAACAAAGUUCUUCUCACUAUGGCCGACAAUGAGCUGCUCCUUAACUCCUCGGAGCUUAGCGGGGGGCUUUAUGAAGACUUUUCAAGCCAGGAGGACACUCUGAAGACUAUUAAAGAUAACCUGGAGCAUCUAAGCGAGCAGGUCACAGGAAUCCAUGAACGGCAGCCUGAAGCCAUGCGAGACGCAUCCCCUGAUGAAGUAAUUCAAAUAGGAGACAACCUUACACAGCUGAAUGCGGAGUGGGACCGACUCAAUCGCAUGUACAAUCAGCGCAAAGGGAGUUUUGACCGUGCCAUAGAGGAGUGGGGGCGGUUUCACUGUGACUUAAAGGAUCUGACACAAUGGUUGACUGAAGCUGAGACCCUGCUGUUAGAAAGCGUCGGCCCUGACGGACAGCUCGACCUCGGUUCUGCACGGCAACACCAGGAGGAGCUGGAAGAAGGACUUUCCAGUCAUCAGCCCAUCCUGGCUGGUUUGACUCGCACCGGGGAGAAGAUAAUUGGGCAGCUUUCAUCUCCUGAUGGGCCCCUACUUGAAGAGAAGUUAGAAACUCUGGUGCAACGUUGGAGAGCUGUCAACCGACAGGUCUUAGACAGACAGCGCAGGCUGACUGGGGGGGAUCCAGCCCUGUCAGACCUGGUGAGGAGAUGUGACAAUCUCGCUGUGUGGCUGGAUCAGGCAGAAAACGCUGUUGGCUCCCUGCCAGUGUCAGCCACUGAUGAAAACCUGAAGGAGCUGAAGGCCCUUGCUGUGGAAAUGGAUGCUCAGAAUGAGCGCCUUGGUUGGCUGAACAAACACGCUCCCCAGAUCUUGGCCAGUCCUGGUGUGAGCAUUCAAAGCAGAGACCAUCAUGUUGGAAAACUAAGAGCCAUCAAUCUCAAGUGGAGCAAGGUGACCCAUGAAUUGCUAGGUAAGGUGGGGGAGGUGGAGACAAACCUGCAGAGUCACACCCUCUUCCAGGACAGGAUGACCAAGCUGACCGACUGGGUCGACAUCACAAACCAGACGAUUGUUUCCAGAGGACUGAAUCCUGUCCAAGCCCAGAAUCUGGAGGCAUCUAUGAAAGACAGGAAGAAGGACCUGGAGGACUUGUUGGCUCAUUCUAUUGAGCUGCAGAAACAUCAACAGCUCUCGCCUCAGGAAAAGGGUAACGUAGAGCAGCUGGCUGCUGAUUGGAAAGCCCUGGAUGGCCACUUGAGGGAAUCGCUUCAGGUUCCCGUCUCGCCGUGGACACCGCAGCAACAUGUCGUCCUAGAUCAGCAACUUGUGUCAUCGGCCCCUUCGCCUGUUCCGAUGCCCGCCUUGCAAAGCGAGGAUUCCCACCAUUGGGCCCCAUAUUCUCCAGACACUGUGGCCCCCACUGAUUUGAAUAAAACUGCCACCGAGCUGGCUGACUGGCUAACGCUCAUCACUCAGAUGCUCAAGUCUAAUAUUGUGACUGUGGGGGACACAAAGGAGAUCAGGACGACCAUAGGACGCCUUCAGGUGACAAAAAGUGACUUAGAACAACGUCACUCCCAGCUGGAGGACAUCUUCACCUUGGCACAGAACAUCAAAAACAAAACCUCUAACGUCGAUGUCCGCACGUCCAUUUCUGAGAAAUUGGAGAAAGUGCGCAGCCAGUGGGACAGCACUCAGCACGGCGUCGAAACCCGACUCCAGCAGCUAGAAAACAUGACUGUCCACAGCAAUCAUUGGGAGGAAAACAGGAAAGAGGUGAAAGGUCUUAUUUCUCAAAAUGAAGGACGCUUCCACAGCCUUCUCCAGCGGGCCACAGAUCCCUUGACAAAACAGCUUGAGGACUCCAAGGAGUUUUUCCAAGCUCUGGGUCGAGACCAAGCAACAGUCGCAGCCUUCAAUGAGCUUUCCACUCACCUUUUACGAGAGUAUUCUUCUGAUGACACCAGGAGAAUCAAAGAGGUUACAGAGAAACAGAAUGCAGCCUGGAACAGUAUCACUCAGAGAGCAAGCGACCGUCGUGCUCAGUUGGACAGUGAGUUGAAGGAGGUCCAGGUGUCUCUAAAGGAGUUGGAGUCUUUCCUUAGGUGGCUCCAGGAGGCAGAGACUACAGUCACUGUCCUGGGCGACGCCUCACAGAGGGAAGAUGUAACCCAGGAUUCUGCUCAUGUAAAGGAGUUGAGGCGACAGCUGGAGGACAUCCAGGCAGAGAUUGACGCCCACAAUGACAUCUACAAGAGUGUCGACGGGAACAAAUCCAAGAUGGUUAAAGCUCUGGGCAACUCGGAUGAAGCCGUGUUCCUCCAACAUAGACUGGAUGACAUGAACCAACGCUGGAGUGACCUCAAGGCCAAAUCUGCCAACAUCCGGGCCCAUCUGGAGGCGAGUGCUGAGCGCUGGUCACGUCUUCUGGGACUCCUUGAAGAGCUGUGGCGAUGGAUCUGCAUGAAGGACGAGGAGCUGGCCAAGCAGAUGCCCGUUGGAGGAGAUGUGCCCACCUUGCUGCAGCAGCAGAACCACUGCACGGCUCUUUGCUCCGAGUUGAAGGAGCGUGAACAGUUGGUGAUCAGCACGUUGGACCAAGCCAGGAUGUUUCUUGCUGACCAACCCAUUGAGGGACCAGGAGAACCACGGAAAAACCUGCAGCCAAAGACUGCCGACCUCACCCCAGAGGAGAAGGCCCGAGGUCUGGCCCGGGCCAUCCGCAAGCAGACCGGUGAGGUGAGGGAGCGGUGGGAGCGUCUGAAGGGGCAUGUGGGAGGUUGGCAGACUCAGGUGGAGCAAACCUUGGAGCGCCUGCAGGACCUGCAGAGCUCCAUGGACCAGCUGGACCUGCAGCUGACCAGAGCAGAGGAGACCAAAGCUACCUGGCAGCCGGUGGGCGAUUUGCUUAUCGACUCUCUUCAGGACCACAUCGAUAAGACAUCAGCCUUCAGGGAGGAGAUCGCCCCCCUCCGUCAGGAUGUCCGGGUGGUCAACGAGCUUGCUGCUGAGCUUACACCGCUGGACAUUCAGCUGUCGUCUACUGCCUCCAGACAACUGGACCAACUCAACAUGAGAUGGAAGAUUCUGCAGGUAGCAGUGGAGGACAGACUGAAACUCCUUCAGGAAGCUCACAGAGACUUUGGCCCCUCCUCUCAGCAUUUCCUCUCCACAUCUGUACAGCUCCCCUGGCAACGUGCAGUGUCUCAGAACAAGGUUCCCUAUUACAUCAAUCACCAGACACAGACGACCUGCUGGGAUCAUCCAAAGAUGACAGAGCUCUAUCAGUCUCUAGCGGACUUAAAUAAUGUGAGAUUCUCGGCAUACCGGACAGCCAUGAAGAUUCGCAGACUACAAAAGGCCCUGUGCUUGGACUUGCUGGAUCUCAGUGUCGCCCAGAACACCUUUGAGCAACACAAACUCACCAACAACAGCCACCUGCUCUCCGUCCCGGAAGUCAUCAACUGCCUGACAUCCAUCUAUGAUGGCCUGGAGCAAGAGCACAAAGACCUGGUCAACGUGCCUCUCUGUGUUGAUAUGUGUCUCAACUGGCUGCUCAAUGUUUACGACACUGGUCGCAGUGGGAAGAUUCGCGUCCUCUCCAUGAAGAUUGGCUUGCUGUCUCUCUCCAAGGGGCACUUAGAGGAGAAGUAUAAAUAUCUCUUCAGCCAGGUGGCGUCGGCUGGUGACACGUGCGACCAGAGGCAGCUCGGUCUGCUGCUCCAUGAAGCCAUCCAGAUCCCCAGGCAACUGGGGGAGGUGGCCGCGUUUGGUGGCUCCAACAUUGAACCCAGCGUCCGCAGCUGUUUCCAGCAUGUGAACAACAAGGUGGAGCUGGAGCCUCGGCAGUUUGUGGACUGGAUGAGACUGGAGCCCCAGUCUAUGGUCUGGCUUCCUGUCCUGCACAGGGUUGCUGCUGCAGAGACGGCCAAACAUCAGGCCAAGUGUAACAUCUGCAAAGAGUGUCCUAUUGUUGGUUUCAGGUAUCGCAGUUUGAAGCAUUUCAAUUACGACGUGUGUCAGAGCUGCUUUUUCUCUGGGCGCACCGCCAAGGGCCACAAGCUCAACUACCCCAUGGUUGAAUACUGCACACCGACAACAUCAGGCGAAGACAUGAGAGAUUUCACCAAAGUGCUAAAGAACAAAUUCCGAUCGAAGAAGUACUUUGCCAAGCAUCCACGGCUGGGUUACCUACCAGUCCAGACGGUUUUAGAGGGAGACAACCUGGAGACUCCCGUCACUCUCAUCAGCAUGUGUCCGGAGCAGUAUGAGCUGUCCCAGACACCUCAGCUCUCUCAUGACGACACCCACUCCAGGAUAGAGCAGUAUGCCAGCAGGUUGGCUCAAAUGGAACGAUCCAAUGGCUCUCUCCCCACUGACAGCAGCUCAGCCACAGGAAGCAUGGAUGAUGAACAUGCAUUGAUCAUUCAGUACUGCCAGACUCUGGGCGGCGAAGGCUCCCCGUCCAGCCAGCCUCAGAGUCCUGCCCAGAUACUGCAGGCUGUUGAGAGGGAGGAGAGAGGCGAGUUGGAGCAGACCAUCGCCCGUCUGGAGGAGGAACAGAGGACACUGCAGAGGGAGUAUGAGCAGCUGAAGGAACAACAUGGUGAUAGAGGCGCCUCUGCUGGAGCCCCCUGGGAGUCUGAGGGUCAGUCCUCUCAUCCAGACGAGGCCGAUCUUCUAGCUGAAGCCAAGCUGCUUCGACAACACAAAGGCCGGCUGGAGGCACGCAUGCACCUCCUGGAGGAUCACAACAGGCAGCUGGAGUCGCAGCUCCACCGUCUGCGACAGCUACUGCAUCAGCCGGAGGUGGACUCGAGGGUAAAUGGAGCAUCCUCUCCCACUGUGCAAGAAAGAGGACCACUUACAGAAAACUCAGAGGAGCUGCUUCCCUCCCACAACAGCAGCUCUGACCUGGCAGAUGUAAUGGAGCAGAUUAACAACUCCUUCCCUGCAUGCAGUCCCUCAAGCCUUUCCUCAAGACCACAGGUCAUGUGAGGACCAGUACCAUAAGAUGGAGUUUGUGUGUGUGCACACAUGAGACCAUUCCCAAACAAAAACAAUUCCCUACCCCUGAAUCCCAAAGACGCACAGAGGCAGACAACUGAACUAGUUUUACCAUCUUGUCUUGUACUAUGCAACUGUAGAUUGUACCUGAACUUGAUUGAACUUGUGUCAGUUUAUUUUUUUCCUCUUUAGAUUUCCAGAUGUACUGUAUAGUAAAAUAUGGUUUCUUGCAAAUGAUUGCUUUGGGAUUUGUGAUCAGUUUUUUGCCUUUACUGCGAAUAAAACUGUUACAUUUUCGUGUCAUUCCACUGCUGUGUAACAUCUAGCUCCUUUGUCUUUGUCCGUUAAAGUAGCUUUUAAGGGAGUGGGUGUAAUAAAAGAAGACACUUGACAGAUUACAGGAUCGUUUAGAAAUUAUAAAGUCACUUUUGAAAUCUGUCCUUAAGCAUGUUUGAUGUCAAGUUCCCCUUUAAAACGUGUUAAAAUGCCGGCAGACUUUGUCUCAACUUUACCCUUUCUGUGCCUAUAAGAGUUUGUCAUUCCACAUGUGGAAAACUGAGACAGCUGCUCUUAAAUUAUAAUGAUAUUGUGCAUAAAGAUUAAAUAAAUGCAGACUUUUAAUCUUGAUUUGUAAAAGGCCCAUCAUCGUUAUGUAGGGUGGAUUUUUUUUUUUUUUUGGAGAUAAAUGUUAAUAAAUCAGAGUAAAGCCAUGAUUGCCUUGCUACCUCAGACUCGUAGACACAGUUUUUUGUUUUUCUUUGUGGUCGUUUAAAGCAGUCGUGAUCUGUUUCAGUCAUGAACAACCUGGUUUAGUAUUCUAAGCUUUUGCUUACUGUAUUGGUGUACACUGCAAUGAGGAGUAACCAAGUUUUAAAAACAAAGUAAUCACUGUGGGUGUUUGACCUGCAGAAGCUUAGUUCCCAUGAUGAGCAUCAGUUGUUGGGUUUUCCUUGCUGCGUCAUGUUGUUGUGAUCUAUGCUGUUCUGUAAAACCUGUGAAACUGACCAACACUACUAUAACCUCCUCCAGCCGUCAACUAAUGUUAGUGAUUGUUUUAACGAUUCUAAUCAUGAUGAACUUUAUCACGGCAGAACUGUGUCGCUUCUCCUGAGGUAUGUAAAAUAGAUUGAACACACUACAUGUAAUAUGGCUACAUUGUUUUAUUCUAAAUAAAAGUUUUAUAUUAAA